AUGGGGGUUCAAACAAUGGCAUCUCAAAGUAAUGGCCAACAAUCUCAUCUACAGCCGUAUCAAUUGACAAGGCAAGACUCGUGGUAUAACCUCACUCUCAAUGAAGUUGAAAACCAAUUAGGAAACCUGGGCAAACCCUUGGGUAGCAUGAACCUUGACGAGCUUCUUAAAAAUGUAUGGAGCACUGAAGCAAAUCAAUUCGUGGGAAUGGAUAGUGAAAGUACCUCAAUGUCUUCUCUACAACGUCAAGCUAGUCUCACAUUGGCUAGGGCAUUGAGUGGGAGGACAGUGGAUCAGGUAUGGAAAGAGAUUCAACAAGGGCAGAAGAAGAGGUUUGGUGAGGAAAUGAAAGUUCAGGAAAGAGAGCAGACACUUGGUGAAAUGACUUUGGAGGAUUUCUUGGUACAAGCAGGACUUUUUGCCCAAGCAACUAUAAGUCCUUCUUUGGAUUUGGUUACUGUUGAUGCAAUGACCCCACAAAGUUUUUCACAGAAAAUGGUCCUCUCCUCAUCCCCGUCAACAGGCACAUUAUCUGACACUACGACAUCAGGACGAAAAAGGGAUGCCCCAGAUGCACUUGAGAAGAGUAUUGAGAGGAGGCUCAAGAGAAAGAUCAAGAACAGGGAAUCUGCUGCCCGUUCACGAGCUAGAAAACAGGCCUAUCAUAACGAGUUGGUGAGCAAGGUUUCACGUUUAGAGGAGGAGAAUAUAAAGCUCAAGAAAGAGAAGGAAUUUGAGAAGAAGUUCCCAAUUGAACCGUCACCUGAACAGAAAUAUCAGCUUAGAAGAACAAGUUCUGCUUCUUUCUGA